AUGGACGCAGUCCGCCAGUAUACCCAUCCCUUGACUGUCGAGGAGAAAGCCAACAUUACUCGAGGAUGGAACGGCACUUGCGUCGGUAAAUCAGGUGAGGUGUCUCGAUUGGGUAUUCCAGCCUUGUGUUUCGCCGACGCACCUGAUGGGAUCCGCGGGCAAGAAUUCGUCUCUGCCUUCCCGGCGGGCAUUCAUGUCGCUGCCACUUUCGAUGAGGCUCUUUUGUACAAGUAUGGCAAGGCACUUGGCGAUGAGUACUACGGCAAAGGGAUCAACGUGGCGCUUGGUCCUGCUGCCGGUCCUCUUGGCAGGGUUGCUCGCGGCGGUCGAAACUGGGAAGGUCUUUCUUCCGAUCCAUACUUGGCCGGCGUCGGCAUGGGCGCAAUCACUCGUGGAAUACAGGACGCAGGAGUUAUUGCUACAGCGAAGCACUGGCUCCUGAACGAACAGGAGUACCGACGCCGUGUGUCGGAUCUAGGCGAAGCCAUCAGCUCUAAUGUAAACGACCGGACUCUACAUGAGCUCUAUGUUUGGCCUUUUAUGAACUCCUUGAGAGAGGGUGCUGCAUCCGUCAUGUGUUCUUACCAGAGAGCCAAUCACUCAUACGGGUGCCAGAACUCAAAACUCCUCAAUGGCAUUCUGAAGACCGAACUUGGAUUUGAGGGGUUUGUGGUCAGCGACUGGCAAGGUCAAAUGGGUGGCGUUGCAUCCGCCAACGCUGGCUUGGAUCUGGUCAUGCCUGACGCUGGAUUCUGGGGAGACAAGCUUAUCGAAGCAGUCAACAACGGCUCAGUCAGCGAAGAUCGACUUUCCGACAUGGCGACAAGAAUCCUCGCCAGCUAUCAUUUCCUCCGCCAGCAACAUGCUUUUCCUCAGCCUGCCGUCCAUUCUAACUUACAAAAAGAGUUCCCUGUUGACGUUCAAGAUGAUCACGCUAACUUGAUUCGCCAAAUUGGAGCGGCUGGGACUGUUCUGGUCAAGAAUGUGAACAACACACUUCCUUUCAAGAGCCCGAAAUUCCUUUCUAUCUAUGGGUACGACGCGACCGUCAAGGCGAAUCCUUGGGAGAACCCUAGUCGGUACGGUGGCGGGUACGAAGUCAAUUUUGGCUGGGAAACAUUCAACGGAACUCUUAUCACCGGAGGCGGUUCUGGUGGAAGCACUCCCCCUUACGUUGUUUCGCCAUUCCAGGCAAGUCAGGAGCGUAUUUCUAAGAAUCGCGGUAUUCUUCGAUGGGACUUCUAUUCUGGGAACCCCUCACCACCUUAUGUCAACUCGGAAGCUUGCCUUGUCUUCAUCAACGCCUACGCAUCCGAGAGUUUUGACCGGUUGAGUUUGACGGAUGAGUUUAGCGAUAAUCUUGUCCGAAACGUCGCUACAACCUGUUCAAACACGGUGGUUGUUAUUCACUCAGCAGGUAUACGCAUCGUGGACGCCUGGGUUGACCACCCUAACGUCACCGCAGUUCUCUUCGCGGGACUUCCCGGUCAGGAGAGUGGACACAGUCUCGUUGAUGUCCUCUGGGGCGAUAUAAACCCUUCCGGAAAGCUACCGUACACUGUGGCAAAGCAAGAGUCGGAUUAUGGCAACCACUUGAACUCAAGUGCUUCAGAUGAUUUCUUCCCAGGCAGUGAUUUUACUGAAGGUCUUUACAUCGAUUACCGUUAUUUCGAUGCGCAGAACAUCACUCCCCGAUACGAGUUUGGUUAUGGUCUUUCUUACACCACCUUCAGCUUCGCUGAUUUGUCAGUUGGCUUAACGUCAGAUGCCGACAUAUCAGAAUAUCCAGAUCCGGCCACUCCCAUUGUUCAGGGAGGCCACCCAUCUUUAUGGGAGGCUGUUGCGGUUGCCAAGGUCUCUGUCUCUAAUACGGGCCACGUGGACGGGGCGGAAGUCGUUCAACUCUAUAUCGGAGUUCCGGGAGAUGACAGCCCUGUCAGACAGCUUCGCGGCUUCUUGCGUGUAUUUCUGACUUCUGGACAAACUAGCAGGGCUGCUUUUCAGCUUACUAGGAGAGAUCUUAGUAUUUGGGAUGUUGAAGCUCAACAAUGGCGCUUGCGAAGAGGCGUAUACUCCAUUUGGGCCGGGUCAUCGAGCAGAAAUCUGUCGUUGCAAGGCAGCCUCGAAAUCAACUAA